UCGCGGGAAGGUGACUUUUGUCCCACCCCUUUCCCGUUCCAAGCGGGGAAGAUGGCUGCGCCCAGAGCCCUGCGGUUCCUGAGAGACGCUCGCCUGGGCCGGGGUUUGCACACCGAGACUCUGACGGCGCCGGCUUCUAACGACCCCGUUUCUGACUCCACCGCCGCCGCCGCCGCCGCUUCUUCUUCCUCCUCUGAGUCCCUAUAUCCGCCGGUGGUGCCUUCUCUGACCGCUAAAAGUAAGGCGGCGGCGCGGCGGCGCUACCAGGAGUUCCUGCGGAAGAUUCACGACGCGCCCUCCGUGGAGGAGAAGCUGCGCUUCCUGACGUGUCUGCAGCGGCCCAAAUACAUCGUCCACCCGCAGUCGUGGGCGAUCAAUGCGGACCGCUGGUAUCAGGAUUACACCAAGACGGCCUUCGUGCCUGGGCUGCCCGACCCGGUGGCGUUGACGGAGGAGGAGAAAGGCGGGGAAGUGGGAGGCGGAGGCUUGGACCUGGCCGAGCUCCGCUCCUUGACCUGCGACGUGCUGCUCCAGGAGUUUUACUACCAGCGCAAGCGGCGGCCCCGUCUCUUCCGUGCCAACGAGCAGGGCCCGGGAGCCGCCCUCACCCACCUGGUGCCAGCCCUGACGGCCCACUUGGCGGGCCUCAACCCGGCCCUCGAGGCUUCCUCCACCUUGGACUACAAACCAGAGGUAAAUUUCUAUUGGUUGCGUGGUGAAACAGUGGUUCUUCGUGGACAUCGGACGGGCAGGAUAGACCCACUGAGAUUUCAGAUUGACGACAAACCCCACUGUCAGAUUCGUAUAAGAAAGCAACUUCCAGAGUUUAUGCCUCUGGACUAUGUGGAUCCUGGAGAUAUUCCUGCCAUUAAGCUUUUACCUGAUAGACUACCAUUGUUCCAAAAACAGUAUUACAACAAAAUAUUCAUAGGAUCACAGCUAGGAGAUCCAUACACCUAUGGACAUACCCAGUUUCACCUGCUUCCUGAUAAGGUGGAAAGGAGUAGACUUAUAGCAUUGAAUCGUAGCGAUCAGAUUGAAGUACCUUUUCGAGCUAAUGCUAUUGCAAGUCUUUUUGCCUGGACUGGAGCACAAGCAGUGUAUCAAGGAUUUUGGAGUGAGGCAGAUGUGACGCAGCCCUUUGUAUCACAGGCUGUGAUUACCUCUGGAAGAUAUUUCGCCUUCUUUUGUUACCAGUUGAAUACCUUGGCUUUAACUGUUGGAGCUGACAAAUCUAACCCAAGAAAGAAUAUUUGUUGGGGAACUGAAAGCAAGCCUCUGUAUGAAGCCAUAGAAGACAAUGAUGUGAAGGGUUUUAAUGACGAAGUACUGCUUCAAUUGGUUAAAUUGCUCUUAAAUAGACCAAAGGAAUUAUAACUUAAUUCCAAAUAAUCCAAGUUUUCUUAAAAUACUAAAAAUACAAUGCCAGUAGUAACAUUGUGUCUGAAAUGUUAAAAAGUGCAAUCAUUUUGAUACUAUUCCAAUACAGUUCUAUUUGAAGUGAAUUGGAGUUGUACAUGAGCAUUGUUGAUACUUGCCUUGGAUCAUGUAUUUGUUUAUGAGUAGACAAGCCUGUGCAGCUAUUUCAAUGAAAUAUCAAAGCCAAUA